AUGGAUUUCGAAGAUUGCUUCAACUAUAAAAAGUAUGAAGAAGAUGGUUUGAUUGAUACGCAGUUUCUAUCAAUGUGCAUCGAAGAUCCGCCGCUCAUACACAGGCUCAGCUUCAACCCUGGGGUGAGUCUAGAGGUAGAUAACGAGGUACUAGAGUCUUUAGCACAAGCUGUACUUGGUCAGAAUGGUAUUAGCAACAAGGUUGAAACUCCAAUAUCAGUGGCGGAACUGGCGAAUAUGUACGUCAACGAGAUUCGUAUGAUCAAAAGGAGACCCAACGGCGAUAUCAAUUCCACCAUCUCCAGCAGCUCUGAACAGGUGCAAGCGUCUACCUCUUCUUCCAGGAAUUUGACUUUAGUAGUUAACCAGCAUGUCAGAGCGAAAAAGCCAAGGUCAAAAAAGAAAGUCAGGUCUAGUAAGUCAUCUAUUGUCAACAAUGCAAAUGGAAGUACAGUAGCCUCGGUCGACGAUCAUGAAAGGAAGAAGAAGAAAAAGAUGGGCACUUUCACUUCGAAUACAGCUCCAAAUGUAGUAAGAACAUGCUUUGCUCAUAAAUCAUUUACAUUACCGAAAUCAAUCCCUCAUUUGUAUCCUGUAGCGUGGGGAACAAACCGAUUAGCUUUUUUUGGACCUGAACCUGAAUCUGAACACUCAACUAUACAGCCUUGCCUGAAAUUAGAUGCGGAUACAGCGCAUCACAAUACUUCACCCAGAAAAAGUAUGGAAUACGUUCUCGAGAAACGAUCAAACGUACGAAUACUUACGUUGGAUGAUAUUUUGGGAUAA